UGAUGACCUUUUAGAGGCUGCAGAAUUACUGUUCACCUUUGAGGAAGGUGUACACAUUUGGAAUGAUGGUUGGGAUGAGCCCUUUUGAACUCCAGAUGUAAAUGGCGACUCCUGUCUGUGUCCUAAACCCUGCAGAUUCACAUUUGCAUAACACCAACUAGUUAAUCGAAGGGUUAGAUGUGGAACUGAAUCACUAUGUUCAAUGUGUCCCCCCUGCUGUUCACACUCUCCAAAGAGCUGACCCCCUCCCCCUUUCCUGUCUUCUGUUUUCUUAUUGUUUGAAACUGCCAUUUGUCUUCUUUGUUCUAACUGUAUAAAGAGCUGCGGUUUCACUUGCUCUGGGUCCACUCACCAGCUCAGAUCCACUCUGUGCCUCUCGGCUCACCAGGUAUUCUCUGUUUAAACACCACAGCAAACUAUUCAACAGGACUUGAUUCAACACCUUUCAUUACAGCAAUUUGAUAUAACAAAAAAAAAGAAAACACCAUCUUAUUAAUGCAAUUAAUAAUCAAAAUAAAUAAACAGAACAUGCGAAAGAGUUAAUAGAAAAACCAUGAGUAGGAAAAGAAGGUGAGGGAAAAGAAAGAAGGAGCAAGUGAAAAUCAGCAUUAUUGAAACAUGUAUUACGUAGAAAGGGUAACAGAACCAAGAUAUCUGUUGCUUUAUUAUAAUGAUGAAGAAUGAAAGUAAAUACUUUUCAACAGAGCACAACAAACAUGUGUAGGUAGCCUCUCAAAUAAAGUACAACAGUGAUAAAAGCAAAAAAAAAUUGUUGAACAAUACCCACUAAAUAGUAGACACACAAAUGUAAUAAAGGUUAAAAUGUCAACGUGCAUUAUUAUCUUACUUGAAUCUCUCUUGUUAUCAGGCCACUACAGUCCAAACUUUAUUUCAAAGGAGUAGUUCACCCAAAAAUGAAAAUUAAAUUUUUUUUAGUAACCCCCAAGAAAGUUGCAUUUUGUUGUAAAUAAAGUAAAAUACCGUCUAUUUUUUUGUGAAACCGCCCAGUGAACUGCAUGGUCUCGCUCAACAUUUGUCACCAGCAUAAGUUGUGUUUUGGCGCUGGUCUAUGCUGGUUUUUCCAGCAGGGUAUUCUUGAUAAUUACGUGCUUUCACAGUCUUAGAUUUCAGUAGUUUUAAGACAAACUGAGAUUUAUUUCAAGUUGAAAAAUUCUCAUUUAAUUGACAAACAUCACAUGUGUAAUCCAUGACAGUGUAACGGGCUCAAAGAAAUAUUUGUCUCUUUCCGUUCACUAUCAUACAAAGUAUUUCCUAUGAGGGGAAACCGGACGGGGAGUGUCUUUGGUUUCUAUGGAGCUAUUGUGUUUUAGUCCCUCACCUACUUCAGUUGUUUGGGAGAGGGCUGCAACACUGUGCUGUGAAACUCCAUCGGCACCAAGGGCGUUUCUUCUCCCCCUGGCAGCUCCUCGCGCGCCCCCUGCAGUCCGUCUCGUGCACGACACCUGGCCGGUACAAACAUCCCGCCUGCCUCCUGAUCUCACACGAGCUGCGGCGGCGGCGGGAGCCCGACAGAGCGCCGUCCGUCCCCUCUCAAGUCUCCUCUCCUCCUCUCCCGCGGGUCACUCGGCCCUCUGUCCGUCUGUCUGUCCGACUGACCGUCUGACCGCUCGGUGGGAACGUUAUGGACGUGCGGACCCCGAGCGAAGCAGCGCGCCGCAGUCCCCCGGAUGGCGGAGUCUGCUGAGUGAGGAUGCGACUCCCCAGUUCCAUCUUUGUGUCGGUGUCUCUGUUCACGGCCGAGACCACGGCAGCGCUGUACCUCAGCUCCACGUACCGCUCCGCCGGGGACCAGAUCUGGCAGGGGCUCACGCUCCUCUUCACGCUCGUACCGUCCGUGCUGGUGCAGCUCACCCUCACCUUCAUCCACCGGGACCUGAGCAGGGACAGACCGCUGGUUCUGCUGCUGCACAUCCUGCAGCUCGGACCCAUCGUCAGGUGUCUGGAGGCGUUCUGUAUCUAUGGCAGCGUGGGCAGCGUGGAGGAGCCUUAUGUCAGCAUCACCAGGAAGAAGCAGAUGCCGCGCGGGGGUCAGUCUGAGGAGGUGGAGCGGCAGGUGGGGCAGGCGGAGGGCAAACUGUUUACACACCGAGCAGCCUUCGCCCGCACCUCUGUCAUUCAGGCCUUCCUGGGCUCGGCCCCCCAGCUCACCCUGCAGCUCUACAUCUGCGUCCUGCAGCAGGGGGUGUCCAUCGGCAGAGGCACGCUGAUGGUGAUCUCCCUCCUGUCUAUCGUGUACGGAGCUCUGCGCUGCAACAUCCUGGCCAUUAAGAUCAAAUAUGACGACUAUGAAGUGGACGUCCGGCCCAUGGCCUACCUGUGCAUUUUCCUGUGGAGAAGCUUCGAGAUCGCCACUCGUGUGGUGGUUCUGGUUCUGUUCAGCUCUGUGCUGCAGCUCUGGGUCCUGCCUGUGGUUCUGCUCAACUUCCUGGUUUUCUUCCUCUACCCCUGGAUCCUGUUCUGGCAGAGCCACUCGCCAUUCCCUGAAAACAUCGAGAAGACUCUGACCAGGGUGGGAACCACCAUCGUGCUCUGCCUGCUCACCUUCCUCUAUGCCGGCAUCAACAUGUUCUGCUGGUCGGCCGUGCAGGUGAAACUGAACGACCCGGACCUCAUCAAUAAGUCCCAGAACUGGUAUCGCAUGGCUGUGUACUACAUGAUGCGCUUCAUGGAGAACGCCUCACUGCUCCUGCUGUGGUACAUCUACAAAACAGACUUCUACAAGUUCAUCUGCGCCCCGCUGCUGGUGCUGCAGCUGCUGGUGGCCUACGCCAUCGCCAUCUUCUUCAUGCUGGUCUUCUACCAGUUCUGUCAUCCAUGUCGGAGGCUGUUCUCCUCCAGCAUGAGCCAGGGCCUGUGGGACUGCUCCUCCCUGCUCUGUCUCAUGUGCAGCCCUGCUUCUCCACAGAGCAGGCCGAUGGGAAAGUCGGUCCUGGCGCCAGCGAGCCCGACCACGGGCAAAGAACCGCCCACUGACAGAGCCCACGACUCAGCCAGUGACAGCACCGAGGACAUGCCUAACGACACCACGUAUGACAUGCUCAAUGAUACAAUCUACGACACUUCUAAUGAAGUGGGCAAUAAUACAUGCAGUGGAAUCAACGGAGACAUUAACCACAGCGUGUCCUGCAAUGUUUAAACAUUGUUUGACGUGCCAUUCAGAGGACCGACUCUGACUCUAUCAUACCCUCUGUAACCUUUUAAGUGCCACAUGAAUCCCCCUGUGAGUUGACUAUACACUUUAAAGGGACAGGUCACGCCAAAAUGUGAACCAUAUACCUGUAGUGGUAUUUAUCCAUCUAGAUUGUUUUGGUGUGAGUCGUCCAGUUUCAGAGAUUUUGCUGUAGAGAAGUCUUUCUUCUCUUGAAAAUAAUGAAAUUAGACGGCACUUGGCUUGUGGUGGAAAAAAUAUACAUGUGAAAAACUCAACAGCAGACCCUUGGUAUUGGUGUUAUUUAAAUCAUGCAACCACAAUGCUGCCUGUUUAUAGCCUCACAUUAGCUUUUUCCUCGUUGCACUUUGACCGAUACCUCUAACACUCAGCAACCCACAUCAAAACAAUCUGGAUAACCAGUUCUACAGGUAAGAGAAAAAAUACGGUAUGUAUUUUCCAUGUUGUGGGUGUCAUGGGGUGACUUGUCCCUUUUUAAAAAAUCCUGUUUUGAAUCUCAGUAUUCAUAUAUCUGGCUCAACUCUGUUUUCUACCAGUAUCUCCUCCUACAUGAAGCAAAUGUGUCCUUAACUGGAGAUGUAUUCUGGCUGCGAACAUGCAUCGUGUUAACUUGUUCUGACUUGUUCUAACAGCCGACAUCCUGGACAAUCUGCAGCCUUUAACACAAACCCAUGGACAGCCCCAUCACACCCAUCUUUAGUCUGGGAGACUGUGUCCACUUAAAUGCUGCAUUACUGAUCACGUGGAGCCAUGCAUUUGAAUUGAUUGUAUUUAGUGUCUUUUUUGGCAUGGAGGUGUGCAUGAAUGAAGCCUCAGACCAGGUGUUACUCUCCAUGUGGGGGGGAGCUGUGAGUGUUUUGUACAGGGUUACUUCUGAACCCCCCUAGUUUUAUGGCUGCAAGCAAUCAGCUUUUUUUACUCCUUGAUAAGAGCUUUAUCAUGAAUAAUAUGUGCUGCUUCUGUGGUGUAUUUGUGCUUGAUGAUGAGAUGUGAAACUCCACAUAUUGUCCCAAGAGCCUGUUCGAUCACCAAACACAUUAAAGCACGAGCAUCUCCAGGUCGUCAUGUUUUCGCACGUUUACAAAAAUGGAUUUAAGUGGCUUUGGUUCAGCAGCAGCUGUAGUGAUGUGAAACGCUUUGUUUGGAUG